AUGUCCAAUCUAAUCGCUGCACUCACCGCUGUUGCUUUCGGAAUUUUAUUAUUUUCCAUAGAGGACGAAUGGCGACAAUUGAUACGCACAAACCUUCAAUAUUCUAUACAAAAGUCUAUCGAGAAUAACGAAUUUGCUGAUGAAAUCAAUCGAAUUCAAUCACUGUUUCAAUGUUGUGGUUUGUCAGUAAAUGGCUCUGAACCGAAAGAAAUAUGGUUGACUCUGUUAAAAGUCGACAUGGCUUUUAAAAAUGAAUUAUUCAGACCCUACAAAAUGCUUCCAUGGUCGUGUUGUCGUCACAACCAUUCCUACUGCGAUCAUCUUGCUUUUGAACGAUACUAUACACAAAUCAAUGCAAAUGUUUAUAAAAAAUGGCCGUCUUAUACCAAACAUAUCAACGAGAAAUGGGAAUGCGGAUCUCUCGAAAACUGCAAAAAUAAGCGAAAACUUGCGCAAGUUUCACUAAACAAUCGCGAUUGUUCGGAAUCAUUUGUCAAUUCAUUUCAAACUGUUAUCUUCCAUUGGAAUGGUUCUUGUGCAAUUGUGCUAGGACUACAAAUGCUUUUUACAUCUAUCACUGCGUUUUUUUUCGAGUUGACGGAUGCCCGGGCCAAUUAUCAAUAA